GCCCUACCUACCCGAAUUUGACCUUUUCGAACCCCCCCCCCUAGCAGCUUGCUAUACAUACACAACCUACGAUGGAGUCGUCUCGUGGCCCGCCGAGGGUCAAGAACAAGGCUCCGGCCCCGAUCCAGAUCUCAGCGGAGCAGCUGCUCCGUGAGGCGGUCGACCGGCAGGAGGAGGCCCUGCAGGCGCCCACGCAGCGAUUUGCGGACCUCGAGGAGCUGCACGAAUAUCAGGCGCGCAAGCGGAAGGAAUUCGAAGACUAUGUACGCCGUAACCGCAUCAAUAUGAACAACUGGAUGCGCUAUGCCGCAUGGGAGCUGGAGCAGAAGGAGUUUCGACGGGCGAGAUCGAUCUUCGAGCGUGCGCUGGACGUCAGUGCCACGUCGGUGGUUCUGUGGAUUCGGUACAUCGAGUCGGAGAUGAAGAACCGGAAUAUCAACCAUGCGAGGAACUUGCUAGACCGUGCGGUGACGAUCCUGCCGCGGGUGGAUAAGCUGUGGUACAAGUAUGUCUACAUGGAGGAGACCCUGGGGAAUAUCCCAGGCACCCGGCAGGUGUUUGAGCGGUGGAUGUCGUGGGAGCCCGAAGAGGGUGCGUGGAGUGCAUAUAUCAAGCUGGAGAAGCGGUACAGCGAGUUCGACCGGGCGCGGGCCAUCUUCCAACGGUUUACGGUCGUUCAUCCCGAACCACGCAACUGGAUCAAAUGGGCUCGGUUCGAAGAAGAAUACGGAACCAGCGAUCUGGUGCGUGAGGUUUACGGUGUGGCCGUGGAGACGCUGGGGGAGGACUUUAUGGACGAGAAGCUCUUCAUCGCGUACGCCAAGUUCGAGGCGAAGCUGAAGGAGUAUGAGCGGGCCCGCGCCAUUUACAAGUUUGCCCUGGACCGACUGCCGCGGUCCAAGUCGAUGGCUUUGCACAAGGCGUACACGACCUUUGAAAAGCAAUUCGGCGAUCGGGAAGGUGUGGAGGACGUCAUUCUCUCCAAGCGCCGGGUUCAGUACGAAGAGCAGCUCAAGGAAAACCCCCGGAACUACGACAUCUGGUUCGAUUUUGCUCGGUUGGAGGAGACCGCGGGGGAUCCGGAGCGUGUGAGGGACAUCUACGAACGUGCGAUCGCCCAGAUCCCACCCUCACAGGAGAAGCGCCACUGGCGACGCUACAUCUACCUUUGGGUGUUCUACGCCCUGUGGGAGGAGAUGGAAAGCAAGGAAGUCGAGCGCGCGCGCCAGAUCUACCAGGAAUGCCUGAAGCUCAUCCCGCACAAGAAGUUCACCUUUGCGAAGAUCUGGCUGCUAAAGGCACAAUUUGAUGUUCGGCAGAUGGACCUUCAGGCCGCUCGCAAGACCCUAGGCCAGGCCAUAGGUAUGUGUCCCAAGGACAAGCUCUUCCGCGGCUAUAUCGACCUCGAACGCCAGCUGUUUGAGUUCCUUCGGUGUCGGACCCUGUUCGAAAAACAGAUCGAAUGGAAUCCCUCCAACAGCCAGUCCUGGAUCCAAUAUGCAGACCUUGAGCGCGGUCUGGACGACGCCGAGCGGGCGCGUGCGAUCUACGAGCUUGGGAUCGAGCAGCCGACGUUAGACAUGCCGGAACUGGUCUGGAAAUCAUACAUCGACUUUGAGGAGUAUGAAGCCGAGUACGACCGGGUACGGGCCCUGUACGAGCGCCUCCUCCAGAAGACAGAUCAUGUCAAGGUGUGGAUCAACUACGCUCGGUUUGAAAUCAACGUCCCCGACGAAGAAGAAGAAGAGAAGGAGGAAGAGGAGGAGAGGCCUGUUAGCGAAGAAGCCAAGCGUCGGGCCCGCAAGGUGUUUGAACGCGCACAUAAGGUUUUCAAGGACAAGGAUCUUAAAGAAGAGAGAGUGGAACUGCUCAACGCAUGGCGGUCCUUCGAAAACACGCACGGAUCGGCAGACGAUAUGGACAAGAUCGAGAAACAGAUGCCUCGCCGGGUCAAGAAGAGACGCAAGCUGGACGACGACCGGUACGAGGAGUACAUGGACUACGUCUUCCCUGCGGACGACCAGUCGGCGGCCAAUCUGUCGAAGCUGCUCCAGCGCGCUCACCAGUGGAAGCAGCAGCAGGGGCAGGCGAGCUAAUGGAGGUU